AGGCAGUUGUGCCAGGCAGCCAGGAUGGGCUCUCUCUGGGGCUUGGCUCUACCCCUUUUCUUCUGCUACUUGGAGGCAAGGGGCUCCAGGAGCUCUUCAGAGAUGUCAGCCUCAAGUGGCAGCGCCGCAGUAACUGAAAUGUCCAUGGUUGAGACUGUUACAGGCAGAAAUCUCACAGAAGCCAUCUUCAAUGCCCUGUGUACUGAGAGCAGCUCUGAAGAGGCACAGGUGAUCACAAUCGACAUCUUGACCUUGGCUCACACCUCCAUAGAAGCCGAGGCCCUGGCCUUGGAGGGUAGUACCUCCCCUGACACCCCAGUUCCAGCCAUUGGCACCUCACAAGCCCAGACACCCGAGAUCAUUGCUCCAGCUAAAGCCUUGGUUGCCUACAGCAUCACCAACGUGGAGCUUACCAACUGCAGCAUUACGGAAAUAGAAACAACCGCCUUCGUAUCUGGGACCCCAGGCACAGCUCACAGCCCCACAGAAGGAGUGGAGGACUUGUCUACCGCUGAGGCACUAGUUUUGCCAGACUCUGCUGAAGCCACAUCACACAUCACCAAGAUGACAACUUCUGUUGAGACCUUUGUAACAGCCAGCACCAUGGAGUCAACCUCACCUGAUACCACAGCUGAGACCCCACUCACCACCAGUAGCACCACAGGAAGAGAAAUGACAGCCAAGGCCCCUACCCCCAAUGGCAGUGUGGGGACAGUUCACCUCCAGCCCUUGGAAGAAACCUCAGCCCUCUCUGUUGAGGCAGCAAGUCAUGUCAAGGUUGCAGGAGCACUUACAAUCUCCACAGAGGCUGGGUCAACAAUGGGCAAAGCCACUUCUCCUGCCGGGUCCUCAGCUUUAGUCAGCCCCUCAGAAGUAGCCACUAUCAAGAACUCCACCUCUUCAGAGACUUUUACCACAGACAGCACAACCAAUGCACCCUUCCCCAUCAGCAAGGGCCCUCUGCCUUCUGUCCAUUUGACGACAGCCUACAGCAGCCAAGGAACAAGCAUCACCUUAGCCAAGACCACAGCCUCGGCAAAGACCCUGAUGGCAGCCAACACGGCCAGAGGGAAGCCUCCGACGGCCUCGCACACCACUGCUUGGACAAGGCAGACCACAAGAAUUACUGCAGGUGAGGAUGAAGGCUUCCUCCUCCUAAGGCUGAGUGUGGCCACCCAGGAAGACCUCAGUGACCCCAGGGUGGCAGAGAGGCUGAUGAGGCAGCUCCGGCGUGAACUGCAUGCCCACCUGCCUCCCAUUCAAGUCUCCUUGCUGCACGUCAGGCAGGUGUAAGGCACAUCAACUGCAGUCAGGUGUUGUCUGUGUGUCCAAAGGAGGGCAGUGCUGUUUGUGGCCUGGGACCCCACCAACAGACUCGAGCCAUUUCACUGUCCUGAGAAGUGCCUGGAAAGUUCCUGCAGUGAUCAGCUGCCCCAGACCCCUCACCCCCUGCUUGGCACUGGGACCUGGCUCAUAUAUGCCUGAGUGUGUGUGUGAGACUGGGGUCCUCUGUUCCCAGAGGUGUCCCUGGACUCCCCUUGUCACAUGUGUAAAGGAUGACCUGAUCACCCAUCUGUCAUCUGCUGUGUGCUUCCUGCAUUAAAAUUAUACUCAGUGUGGCCAGGAGGUUAUCUAUUUGACUUGUUGUCUUGACAUUUUUAUGGUGUAGGGAUUUUGUGCAUCCUCACUUCUACCAGCCAUAUUCCUUGGUUUGGACCUUGAUUGCUGCACUUACUGAGGUUGGCCUUGGGGCCUGUUGAACUGUGGUCACCUUCAGGGCAGGGACCAUUAUUUAUUCAUCUGUGUAUCCCCUGAACCUGGCAGGGAACCCAGCCUGUUGUAGGAUCACUGAGAAUGUUGGUUGAAUUGACUUGAAUUUCAAAUUCUGGACACAAGCAGAUUUAAAAGAAAAGUGUACAAUAUUCAACAUUCCUUCCAUAGCUCACAACU